AUGGAAUGGGAUCAAGACUCUAUUCAUCCGGCACCCAGCUCAGAUGACAAGUCCAUGGUUUUGAAUGUGAAGCCAUUGCGAGCUCUUGUUCCUGUUUUCCCUUCACGACCGAACCUUUCUUCAUCUUCAACACCUCAUGUUGGCUCUCCUCUUGUUUCUAUUUCUCCACCUGGGAUGGCUCCUUUCUAUCCAUUCUUCUCCUCGCUGGACUCCCAGACGCUCUCUCAUCAAAACCCACAAAACCAGAUACCGAGAGCAGUUCCAAUCAGUACAAUUAGAACACCAUCUUCUACAAAUGAGAUGCAUGGAGGUGAAAGAGAAGGAAGCAGCUCCCAGGCGAAGAAGAAGAAGAAGGGAAAGCAGGAUGGUGGUUCUGCGUCAGCUGAUGUCGAUGAAGAUAAGGUGGUUGAUGAUAUUCUCAAAUCAAUCAAUCCUUUAGUUUUGGAUACAUUACAUCAACCUGACAGUGGGAAGGACUCAGUUGCAUAUACACUAAUGAUAUAUGAAAUACUGAGAAGAAAGAUCGCACAAAUUGAAGAGGCAAAAGAAGGGGAUGGAGUAGUCGUGAAGCGAUCUGAUUUAAGAGCAGGAACUGUUAUGUUGAGCAAAGGGCUUAGGACUAAUAAAGAGAGACGUGUUGGAACUGUACCUGGUGUUCAAGUUGGAGAUAUUUUUUAUUUCAGAAUGGAAUUAUGCGUGGUGGGAUUGCAUGCUCCAUCCAUGUCUGGAAUUGAUUACAUGGGCGUCAAAGUUAGUCAGGAGGACGAGCCAUUAGCAAUCAGCGUCAUAUCAUCUGGAGGAUAUGAAGAUAAUGUUGAUGAUGGGGAUGUGCUGAUUUACAGUGGCCAAGGUGGGGCUUGCCAGAGUAAAGAAAAGAGUGAUCAGAAGCUUGAAAGGGGGAAUCUUGCAUUAGAAAAGAGUCUGCAUCGAGGUAAUGAAGUAAGAGUCACAAGGGGUCUAAAGGAGUCUAUGAAUUCCAGAACAAAGGUAUAUGUCUAUGAUGGUCUUUACAAGAUCCAAGAAUCUUGGGUGGAGAAGGGAAAAUCAGGUUUCAAUGUGUUUAAGUAUAGAUUAGUCAGGUUGCCUGGGCAGCCUGAAGGAUAUAUGAUAUGGAAAGCAAUUCAGCAAUGGGCUGACAAGUCUACCUUGAGAUCCGGGCUUAUAUUGCCUGAUCUUACUUCUGGAGCAGAAAAUUUACCUGUUUGUCUUGUAAAUGGUGUUGAUGAUGAGAAGGAUCCCGCAUGUUUCACUUACUGUAAUACUCUUAAGAAUCUGAAACCAACAAAUCCUGCGGAACCAUCUACUGGUUGUAACUGCAUUGGUGGAUGCCUGCCCAGUAAUUUGAGCUGUACUUGCAUUCAAAAAAAUGGGGGCUGUCUGCCAUAUUCUGCAAAUGGGGUACUCACGGACCUGAAGUCUGUGAUCUAUGAGUGUGGUCCUUCUUGCCAGUGCCCUCCUAGUUGUCGAAACCGAAUUUCACAAGGUGGAUUGAAACUUCGUUUGGAGGUUUUCAAGACUAAGGAUAAAGGGUGGGGUCUAAGAUCCUGGGAUCCUAUUCGUGCAGGAACUUUUAUAUGUGAGUAUGUAGGAGAAGUCAUAGACAAUGCCAGAGUUGAGGAACUUGGUGGUGAAAAUGACGAUGAUUAUUAUGUUUUUGACACUACACGCUGUUAUCAGCAACUGGAAAUCUUUCCUGGUGACACUCAAGCAACUAAGAUUCCAGAUUCACUCUAUAUAACUGCGAGAAAUAAUGGAAAUGUCGCUCGCUUCAUGAACCAUAGUUGCUCUCCAAAUGUGUUCUGGCGUCCCAUUUUACGCACAAAUACAGAUCAGUCUGAUUUCCACGUUGCUUUUCAUGCAAUCAGGCACAUCCCUCCUAUGACAGAGUUAACUUAUGAUUAUGGGAUAGUUCAGCCCCUCACAGAGAGCCACAAGAAAAAGGAAUGCCGUUGUGGAUCGGUGAAAUGCAGGGGAUAUUUUUGUUGAUUGCAUAUCUACUGAUUUUCUGAUAUGGAAGCUUUUUUAAGAACUAAAACUAAACUGGAUGCGUUCAAAUAUACUUAGUUCAUGCAUAGACCAGAGAAGAAGCUAAACUAAGAUCAUAAAGGAGAGAUUGAAAUAUACUGCUUCAGAAAGAAGGAAGACCCGAGAAGAAGAAAACGAAAAUGGAGAGAAUAAAA